UAUAAAGUGCGGAGCGCUCCCGCGGGCGGCCAAUGCGCGGCGAGCAGCGCCCGGCUCCCGCUGCGAACGGGUACCCUGCAGGUGCUUACCCUGCACCCCACAGGACAUCAAGGCAGCCAUGAGGCUCCCGCUGGCUUUCACCGUGCUGCUGCUGGCCUCGGCACAGGCACUGGCCGAUGAAAUGGCAGCUCCCGAUGACCUCAGCUACUGGGCAGACUGGGCCGACGGUGAGCAGAAGGAGGAGCUGCCGCUUCCCCUGGAGCACUUUCUGCAGAGGAUGGCAAGGAGACCUCGGCCCCAGCAGUUCUUCGGCCUCAUGGGCAAGCGGGAUGCGGGAUAUGGCCAGAUCUCCCACAAAAGGCAUAAAACAGACUCCUUUGUUGGACUUAUGGGCAAAAGAUCUUUAAGUUCUGAUUACUGUUCCUCAGAUUUGGAGCAGGAGGUGAAAGAGCAGAACUUUGCAAUUGGCAGCAUCUAACUCUGCAGGUGGAGCUGUUGAACAUUCUGGCUUUUAUUUUUAGCCACAAAAUGGAAAAAACUACAACAAAACACUUAAAUCCUUGAAUGAAUGCUAUAAAUUUCUACUAUUUUCCCAUAGCCUUCGUCCCUUACAAGCAUGAGCCCUGUAGGUGAUUCCGGACUGCCAGGAGCUCCAGCUCUGCUGUGGGACUGUGAUGAAAAAAUCAUGAAGCCAUAAAUGCUUUAAAUAAAGCCAUCAUGAGCCAUAAAGCAUCAGUUAAUUCCCUAGCAUAGGAAUUAAAGGAAAAAAAAACAACCAAAAAACAAACCCUAAUGCCCAUUUCAUGUCUCUGAAAUAGUUUUCUCUAUUUUGUUAAAUGGAUGAUAAAAGUUAAAUUACUAGCUGACACCUUUAUAUUAUGUGGAUACAUGCUGUGAUCUAUAUUCUGCAAUUAUGGUUGUCAGAACUUUUAUUUUCAAUUAAUCCCCGUUCAGACUAGUAAUAUUGCUCUCUGCAUCAUCUUGCAAAUUGCUACGUAUCAUGAAUGAUUUCGUACAAUUUCAUCUGCAGUGGCAAUAGCUAUUAAAUACAUAAUACCUGUAAAUAUCUCUGCUAUCAUAAAAGUAAAUAACCUGGAAGUAACAAAUGGGGUUUUGUAAUCCCAAUGGAAACAUUUACAUGAGUAUGAGGAUGCAGUAUAAAGCAAAUGUUUAAAAAAGGCAAAGAUUUGAUUGCUUUGAUUUCAAAAUUUCUGGUAUAGUUGGAGUACUGCGCUGUGGUAUUUAAGUAUUUAUCUGUAACAAAGGGAAAUAAUGAGGUUUUACCCUGCUGAGCUGUGGCUGACGUGAAAAACCACACCUCGCUGUGAUGGUGACAGUCAGAAGUGGCAGCUCCUGCAGCACAUUGUGCUGAAUGCCCCCGGGCUUGCAGGGUGCUCAUGCACGGCCGGGCUUGAACACGUUCUGCGGUGCUUCCUUGGGGUCACAACAGAGGUGACCAGCUCUGCCUGCUGAGGUCAGGCCCUGCCCAGAAGUGCUCUGCAGAGCUCCCUCAUGUUAAAGCAGCAAGGAGGAAAUUUCUCCCACCACUGCUGAGCGCUGUUUCUUACUGAAGACUGCUGUAGGUGGCAGUUGCCCACGGGAUGCUCUGGGUUUGGCCUAGCUUCUGCUGCAGCCCUUGGUACAAGUUAUGGCUGUGAGUACAGGCUGGAGGCAGGGAAGGUUUAUGCUGGGAACAGGAGGUGGGAAUGUCAGUACAGAAAGUCCUUUAGACUCAGGCACUGAUUUCAGUGCUCAAGUCUCCUCUUUGUAAUGAAAUACUGGAAGGUGAAAAGGUUCUGAGCUAAGAGUACUUCAGGCAGCUCAUAGAGGAGAAGCAAAAGGCACAGUCCCUCAGCAUCCUGAAGGAUUACAUGUUCUGAGGGGCAAAGCCAAAUUAAGCAGCUGGGGGCUGUGCCAGGAUUCCACAUCUCUGCUGGCAGCAGCCUCCGAGCAGCUCUGUGGGGCAGGAGCAUCACUGGGCGGUGGGGAACACUGGGGUUCUCAUGGAGCUGCAGCCUCCCUGCUCCCUGGCUGCAGGGGCUAUGUGGGCUGUGGGAUUGUGUGUGGCUGUUCAAUGUGUCUCAUGCUUCUCUGCUUC